AUGUUCCUGCAGGACGUGUUUUAUUCUGAUUCAGAUUUUUUGUUGGUGGGCAUUGAAAGGUCGCAAUUUAUUGUGAUACGCCUUUUGCUGGUGGGCUGGGUGAAAGCUCUCAGUUUUCCACCAUAUGACAUCUCAGACCUGCAAAGGAUGAUGGCGUUGGAUGACUGUCCUCUGCCGGAGGCUACAGUUAAAGGUCUGGACAGGGAGCCGCUCACUGUAUAUCUGGGGAAGAGGGACUUCGUGGAUCACAUAGACGUUGUGGAUCCAGUUGAUGGCGUUGUUUUGGUUGACCCCGAAUACCUGAAGGAGCGGAAAGUGUUCGUGACUCUGACCUGCGCCUUCCGCUACGGCCGGGAGGAUCUCGACGUUUUGGGGUUGACGUUCCGCAAAGACCUUUUCGUGGCCAACAUUCAGGCCUUCCCACCCGUCCCGGAGGAGAAGAAGCCGCUGACUCGACUCCAGGAACGCUUGAUCAAGAAGUUGGGCGAGCACGCCUAUCCGUUCACCUUUGAGAUCCCACCGAACCUCCCCUGUUCAGUGACGCUUCAGCCGGGUCCCGAGGACACUGGAAAGGCCUGCGGGGUGGACUAUGAAGUGAAGGCUUUCUGUGCCGAGACUUUGGAGGAGAAGAUCCAUAAGAGGAAUUCUGUGCGUUUAGUGAUCCGCAAGGUGCAGUAUGCUCCGGAGAGGCCGGGACCACAGCCCAUGGCUGAAACCACCAGACAGUUCCUGAUGUCUGAUAAACCCUUACACCUGGAGGCGUCUUUGGAUAAAGAGGACUUGCAAGAACCGGUCCUCACCAAGUCCAUUGAUGGGAAAAGGACUGUCUUUUCUCUUGUGCGACAGUACGCCGACAUCUGCCUCUUCAACACCGCGCAGUACAAGUGCCCCGUAGCUGUGGAGGAAGCUGACAAUGACGUUGUGGCCCCCAGCUCCACCUUCUGCAAAGUCUACACACUGACUCCAUACCUGGCCAACAACCGGGAGAAGCGGGGCCUGGCCCUGGACGGCAAACUAAAGCAUGAAGACACCAACCUGGCCUCCAGCACGCUACUGAGAGAUGGUGCCAACAAGGAGAUCCUCGGAAUCAUUGUCUCCUACAAAGUCAAAGUGAAGCUGGUCGUCUCUCGAGGAGGUGAUGUUGCCGUAGAGCUGCCUUUUACUUUGAUGCACCCGAAGCCCAAGGAGGAACCUCUACAUAGAGAUGUUCCAGAGAACGAGGCUCCUAUAGAUACAAACCUGAUAGAGUUUGAUACAAACGAUGACGACAUCGUCUUCGAAGACUUUGCCCGCCAAAGACUGCAUGGGAUGAAAGACGACAAGGAGGAGGAGGACGAGGGAACGAACUCGCCUUCGACGAACGACAGAUAAGAAGCGUUUCCCCGCCGCGACAAAACCUCCUCAUCGCGUGUAAAACUUGUGG